GCAUUCACAUCGUUUCUCUAUCUAACACGAUAUAGUAACACCACCAUCUCCAUUAUAGUAGACUCAACACACACUCUAACACCCAACGAAGCUCGUGAACAAGAUAAGAAACAAACAAACCAACGAGGCUCUCUCUCUCAUUCAUUAUUGAUUUCGAGUGAAGAGAGAGAUUCGAGAUUUGCGAUUCCGCAAUGGCUUCUUCUUCCACGACAAUGCGGUUCUCCGCGGCCUCCACCGGCGCCGAGGCGGCGCUUCCUCGCCGGAGCUCCGUCGCCGGAUUCAUCGGCGUCGCGGCCAGAUCCUCCGCCAAAUCGAGGCUCCGCUUCAUCGGAAGGAACGCGAACUUGAGCCUCCGGAUGAGGAGGAUGAGCUCUUUCUCCGUCGUGAAGUGCGUCUCCGGAAGCGAGGCCAAGGUGCAGGAUACCGUGGCCAAACAACAAGAAGCUACAACCUCUCUCAGCUCCUUCACGCCAGAUGCUUCAUCUAUUGCCUCAAGUAUUAAAUACCAUGCAGAGUUCACUCCAUUGUUUUCUCCAGAGAAUUUUGAUCUACCACAGGCUUUUCUUGCAACUGCACAAAGUGUUCGAGAUUCUCUCAUUAUAAACUGGAAUGCUACCUAUGAUUACUAUGAGAAACUGAAUGUUAAGCAGGCAUAUUACCUUUCGAUGGAAUUUUUGCAGGGUAGAGCAUUAUUAAAUGCAAUAGGCAAUCUAGAGCUAACUGGUCCCUAUGCUGAGGCUUUGAGCAAGCUCGGGCAUAAAUUAGAAAGUGUGGCAUACCAGGAGCCAGAUGCUGCACUUGGAAAUGGUGGUCUUGGGCGUCUUGCUUCAUGUUUCUUGGACUCUUUGGCAACCUUGAACUAUCCAGCUUGGGGUUAUGGAUUGAGAUAUAAGUAUGGUUUAUUUAAACAGCGAAUAACCAAAGAUGGGCAGGAGGAAGUUGCUGAAGAUUGGCUUGAGAUGGGCAAUCCCUGGGAGAUUAUUAGAAAUGAUGUUUCAUAUCCUGUAAAGUUCUAUGGCAAGGUUGUUUCAGGGUCAGAUGGUAAAAAACAUUGGAUUGGAGGAGAAGAUAUAAAAGCUGUUGCACAUGAUGUUCCCAUACCAGGAUAUAAAACUAAGACUACAAUCAACUUGAGACUUUGGUCUACAAAAGCUGCAUCAGAAGAAUUUGAUUUAUCUGCUUUUAAUGCUGGAAGGCACACUGAAGCAUCUGAGGCUCUAGCAAAUGCUGAAAAGAUAUGCUAUAUACUCUACCCUGGGGAUGAACCAAUAGAGGGCAAGAUCCUUCGCCUCAAGCAACAAUAUACUUUAUGUUCUGCUUCUCUUCAAGACAUCAUUGCUCGUUUUGAGAGAAGAUCAGGAGCAAAUGUUAAUUGGGAAGAGUUUCCCGAGAAGGUUGCAGUGCAGAUGAAUGAUACUCACCCAACGUUGUGCAUCCCAGAGCUCAUGAGAAUUUUAAUAGAUGUAAAGGGCUUAAAUUGGAAGGAUGCUUGGAAUAUUACACAAAGGACUGUAGCAUAUACAAACCACACUGUUCUUCCAGAGGCAUUAGAGAAAUGGAGCUUGGAUCUUAUGCAGAAACUGCUUCCACGCCAUAUUGAGAUAAUAGAAAUGAUUGACGAGGAGCUGGUUCGGACCAUAAUUGCAGAAUAUGGCACAGAAAAUUCAGACUUGCUGGAGAAAAAAUUGAAGGAAAUGAGAAUACUAGAAAAUGUCGAAUUGACUGCAGAAUUUGCAGAUAUACUGGUUAAGUCCAAAGAGGCCAUUGAUAUUCCUAGUGAGGAGCAGCAAAGUUCUGAACAAGCAGAAGCAGAAGACGAAAAAGAUGAUGAUGAAGUGGAAGCAGUUGCUAAAAAGAAUGGAACAGAUGAAAGUUCCAUUGAGGAUGAGAAAGAAGAGUUGCCUGAGCCAGUACCAGAACCACCAAAAUUGGUUCGUAUGGCAAAUUUGUGUGUUGUGGGUGGUCAUGCAGUGAAUGGGGUUGCAGAGAUACAUAGUGAAAUUGUAAAAGAUGAUGUUUUCAAUGCAUUUUAUAAGUUGUGGCCCGAGAAGUUCCAAAACAAAACAAAUGGUGUGACACCAAGGAGAUGGAUCAGGUUCUGCAAUCCAGAUCUGAGUAAAAUAAUAACCGAGUGGAUAGGUACUGAGGAUUGGGUCCUAAAUACUGGAAAAUUGGCCGAGCUACGGAAGUUUGUAGACAAUGAGGAUCUACAAGUGCAGUGGAGGGAAGCAAAGAGGAGUAACAAAGUUAAAGUUGCAGCAUUCAUCAGAGAAAAAACAGGGUAUUCUGUCAGUCCUGAUGCAAUGUUUGACAUCCAGGUCAAGAGAAUCCAUGAAUAUAAGCGACAAUUAAUGAACAUAUUUGGAAUUGUUUACCGAUACAAGAAGAUGAAAGAAAUGAGUGCGGCAGAAAGGGAAGCAAAUUUUGUUCCUAGAGUUUGUAUAUUUGGGGGAAAAGCAUUUGCUACAUAUGUGCAAGCCAAGAGAAUUGUGAAAUUUAUUACAGAUGUUGGGGCUACAGUAAAUCAUGACCCUGAAAUAGGAGAUCUACUUAAGGUUGUUUUUGUCCCUGAUUAUAAUGUCAGUGUUGCCGAGAUGCUUAUUCCAGCAAGUGAAUUGUCACAACAUAUCAGUACUGCUGGAAUGGAGGCAAGUGGAACUAGCAAUAUGAAAUUUGCAAUGAAUGGCUGCAUAUUGAUUGGAACUUUAGAUGGGGCCAAUGUUGAAAUAAGGGAAGAGGUUGGUGCAGACAACUUCUUCCUCUUUGGUGCCAAGGCUCAUGAAAUUGCUGGGCUGAGGAAAGAAAGAGCAGAGGGAAAGUUUGUGCCUGAUCCACGAUUUGAAGAAGUUAAAGAAUUUGUCAGAAGUGGCGUUUUUGGAUCUUACAACUAUGACGAAUUGAUGGGAUCCUUAGAAGGAAAUGAAGGUUUUGGUCGAGCAGAUUAUUUCCUUGUAGGGAAAGACUUCCCCAGCUACAUAGAAUGCCAAGAGAAGGUUGAUGAAGCAUACCGUGACCAAACUAAAUGGACAAGAAUGUCAAUAUUGAACACAGCAGGUUCAUACAAGUUUAGCAGUGACCGCACGAUUCAUGAAUAUGCCCGAGAGAUAUGGAACAUUGAACCAGUCCAAUUGCCAUAGAGGAGUAUAGAGAAUCGGUGCCACGUGGUUGUGAUGAUCACUGCAUAGCUUAAUUCCUCGUAGCAGAGAAUAAAAUAUAACUUCGCGUAGAGACGCGCUUUAAGGGUGCGCUCAUAGUCAAAAUAAGCUUGCAGUUCUGUAAUAUAUAUGUUUUAUGGGUACUUCGUCGGUGUAAAUCAAACCUUUGUCUUAUAAUAAUAAAUAUCAAAUUGUUUUGGCUUCAAAUUCA